AGUAGAAGAUUGUUCAUAAACGCGCUCAAUUGAACAAAAGUAGUGCAAUUAUAGUUCUCGCAUAAGAAAUCCGUAAUGGAAUAACCAGGUUGGUUAGUUCUCGCUUACUUCGAACCAAGGCAACUUACAAAGUUCGAAAAACGGUUCUUAUGUCUCAUCUCGAAGAUUCUCCAUGAUAAAGAGAGAAGAAUAAAUCCGUGUUGUCAGAAAGGAAGAAUCGAAUAUGCGGGCAACUUUGUGAGAUGUGUUGGGGAACAACAGUAUUAAUUUUCAUACUGUCUUCCAAGAAAUCUCUAGUUUUCGGUGAACAAGACGAACAUGGACACGAAGCUAAAAAGUUUUAUGAUCAAGUCGAAUCGCUUGUUCGGACAUGGUCCCCCUUGAUUUAUUUGGCGCCUGGAGAACUGUUCAAACCUUCCGGUGUUGAUGAUUUCAUUAAACACGUCUAUCCGGCCAAUGCUGACGGCUACAGGCUGACCAAAAGGGUGUCGCACAACGAAAAGCUGUACAUGAAAACAGUGCAAGAUGUUGAGUCGCUAAAAAACGAUAUGGGAUCGUUCUUACACGGGAAAGAUAAAGUACAGAACGUACCUACUUAUGGCUUAGUAUCUUAUUGCCAUAAAAAUCUGCAAAAAGCGGAUUCGAAUAAUUCUCCAAGUUUCUUUGUGUCAUAUUGGUUCUUUUACCCUUACAAUCUGGGUAAAGAAAUAUGUUUUUUAGGAAGAGUUCCAACUCCCUCGGUUUUUUCCUCCUGUUUCGGUAGAAAAGUGUUCAUGGGCAAUCACGUGGGCGAUUGGGAACACGUGACCCUUUUCUUCAAGGGCCAAAAAUACCCACACUCCAUCUACGUGUCAACCCACGAGUUUGGCGCGUAUUACAAGUACAACAAGUUUCUACACACUUUCAUCUACGAAUCGCAAAAGAGCACGAUCAAAAUAAUACAGAACAUACGGUUUCCCAAGUUCCUCCUGCUGAAGAACAAUCACCCGGUGCUUUUUUCGGCCUGGGGUUCCCAUGGAUUUUGGAGCGAACCCGGAAAUCACACGUAUUCGCUGGUGCCGAAAUUGCAGGAUUUCACGGGUUUCGGGGACCGGUGGGAAACGUGGAAGAAUUUGAAAAUAUAUCACAUGGGUUUUGACGGAUUGCCCAGAUGGAUUUCUUUCAAAGGGAGAUGGGGCAAUCCCAGAUCAAAUUGUAUAUUAUUCAAAAAUCUUGGGCUCUGCAGACAGGCGGAUGGACCAUUUGGGCCUAGAAAUUCAGACUUCGAUUGUAGUUUGAAAUGACCCGAUUUUAAUCAAUUUACGAAUUGGUACCGUGCGGAAAUUCCUGAGAGAUUGCAGCAUUUGAAUUUGUUUGCUCAAUUCUGAUGGGCAAAAAAUGUGAACAAAUAAAUGUUGAAGCAUCAAGAGCUAUAAAGUUAUAUAUGAACUCAAAAAAUAUGUAUAUGUAUUCAAAGGAGAUCCUUAUUUUAUAAUAGGUGUGAUUCUAUCCGUUUGUACGCGUUGGUAAAUAAAAUUAUAAAGAGUAAAAGGUUUGUUUUUUUAACUAGCCGUGGAAGAGAAAAUCGCAAAAAUUAUUUACCUGUUGAAUCACCGACAGCACU